AUGACAAGAACCAGUCGCGCGACCACAACACAAGCGACGAUGCAGGCCGCAAGCUCCAGUGCAAACUCGACGGACACUCCAGCGUACUUCGUGAUGGUGGAGGACCUCAAGCCUUGGGAGCUCUACAGCUUCGCGCUAUCGGUUGGGAAGACGACCAACUUCGCGUACACACACACGAUGCCCUGCAGCGCUCGUGGUGCUCUUUCAUCCGACGCUGGAACGCCGCGCGACGUGAAGGCCAGUCUCCACGUUCUGGCUCGAAGACCGCGAGGGCAAUUGGAGCAACCACGCUAUGGCGAUUUGAGGGAGCGCGUGUGUCAGCUGGCACAGCGCGAGUGGCAAAACUGCUACGUGCACCUUGUGGAAGGCUGUGGGAACUGCUCUGAGGCUCGUGAUCGACCGACUCGCACUGAAUGGGAGCAUCUACUGGAUCUCUGGCUACUGAGCGAGGUAGAGCGGCAGGCAGUCGGUCGCUACGACCGAUCGUGGUCGCAGCUGGAGCAGGCGGGGUUACGCAACACACUUCACCACAGGGUAUCGCGUCGACAUUGA